GAUAAAUCGUGCUGCUGGAAGAUUCUACCUCACCCUUCUCUGAAACAGAAUCUGGCACGCGCCCUCCACACUCCACAUCUUCUCUUUAUUUUUUUUUAUCUCAAGUUAAAUAUUUUUGGUUUCCACAGUGUCUACCAUAAACAAAUCUCGAUAAUUUACAGCGGAUAUCGAAUUAUCGAAGCUGGUUUUGAUUGUUCUGGAGCCGUCAGUCCCCACAGCAGCUUUACGACGGGAAAUCUUCGUAACCCACUCGAUUUUGUUAUGAUUUGCAGGCACUAGACUUCAGUUAAUGAUGAUUGGAGCUGUGUCAGUGUGCUCUAUAACCGAACAGACAGCACUCCUUAAUCAUGCUAAAUUCCCUGAUUGCACGUCAAUAGUAUUAUAUGGGAACUCCACCUUUCUUCCUUGUAAAUUUGGGCCCAAAGUUCCUUGUCGUAAAGAUCAUAUAUUGCUUUCUCAAGGCUGGGGUCAGAAACUCACCCCAAAAAUUGUUGCAUAUGGCAUGCCACCUGAACAGGACGAUGCUCAAAGACGGAGCUCUCCUCAUUUUACUGAUGAUGAAGUGUUUAUUUGUCCUGAUGAUGAUGAGUGUUUUGAGGAGCAAAGAAAAGAAACAGCUGCCUCCCUGGUGCAAUCAAGUACUGAGCUUCAAGCAACUGUGGCAAAAUUGGGAAACCAAGAGAAUCUUCUUGAUAAGCUGAAGGCAGUUCAAUUGCACAUUCUUGCAAUGGAACAAUGGAACGCAUCAAGGAUUAAAACUUGUCACAGGAAUUACUCUGCAAGCGCGACAAACCUAUUGCAUUAUUUGGCCCUAAAAUGCCUAGAUAUAGAACAGAUCAAAGAAGAGCUUUCUUCUAUUGGGCUUUUGACUUUAGAGACUGUAAAUCCGCAUGUUCUUUCCAGUCUUUCAGCAUGUAUUCAAAUGCUAAUUGGCUCAAGAUCAGAUUCCCUUCUCAGCCAAACAUGUUCCAGUGAAGGGCUUCCUGUUCUUAAAAAAUUGGGCGAUGAAAAAUUGGAUUUAGGAAUGACUUCAAUGAUAAAAAAGGUAACUUCUAAUAGGGAUCUACUUCUGGGCACACUUCAAGGCCAGAAAAUGGCUCAUAUCAUGGUAACAGUUGGCCAAGAGGUAGUGGAGAACGAUACACAUAUAACUGAUCUGAUCAAUUCAGGGGCCACCACUUUUCGUAUCAACUGUGCACAUGGAAAUCCAGAAUUAUGGAGCAAGAUAAUCAGAUUGGUGAAGAGGUGCUCUCAGCUUCUGGAGAAACCUUGUCGGAUUCUAAUGGACUUGGCUGGACCAAAGCUUCGAACUGGAAGACUGAAACAUGGUCCGUGUGUGGUGAAAAUCUCCCCUAAAAGAAAUGCGUUUGGAACGGUGGUACGCCCAUCCAAAGUUUGGCUAACCCCACAAGGAGCUGGACCACCACCACCUCACCUAUCCCCUGAUGUUAUUUUGUAUGUGGAUGGCCAAGAAUUUCUCAAUAAGCUGGAGGUAGAUAGUUGUGUGAGAUUCUCUGAUACCCGUGGAAAGCGGAGAACUCUGACGAUUUUAAGCAAGUAUCCUGUUUUUUCUGGUGUUGGAUUCAUGGCUGAAUGCAGCAAGACUGCAUAUAUCGAAUCUGGGACAUCAUUGUAUAUUAAGGAGAAGGGCCGGAAAUCUUCAGUUGGUUUUGUGGUUGAUGUCCCCCCUGUAGAGCAAUUUGUUAGACUCAGAGUUGGUGAUUUGCUGAUAAUAUCUCGAGAUAGUUCAGAUGAACAGGAUACAUCACCUAGUUCAGCUAAUGGCACCCAUAAGAUAACUUGCCCAUCUGGCUAUUUGUUUGAUUCAGUCAAACCUGGAGAACCCAUUUCCUUCGAUGAUGGUAAGAUAUGGGGGAUUAUAAAAGGAACUAGCAUUUCAGAAAUUGUGGUGACGAUCACACAUGCUGGUCUUAAAGGUACUAAACUGAGCUCAGAAAAAUCCAUAAACAUUCCCGAGAGUGAUAUUCGGUAUGAAGGUCUCACCUCAAAAGACCUUAGGGAUCUCGACUUUGUAGCUGCACAUGCUGACAUGGUGGGGAUUUCAUUUGUCCGAGAUGUUCAUGAUAUUGUCGUCUUGCACCAAGAGCUUGCAAAGAGAAAAUGUUCAAAGUUGGGGAUUGUAUUGAAGAUUGAAACUAAAGGUGGAUUCGAGAAAUUGCCGCUUUUAGUACUGGAGGCCAUGAAAUCACCAAACCCCUUAGGGGUGAUGAUUGCUCGAGGAGAUCUUGCAGUGGAAUGCGGGUGGGAGAAGCUUGCAGAUAUACAGGAAGAGAUUAUUUCUAUCUGCAGUGCUGCACAUGUACCAGUCAUUUUGGCAACACAGGUUCUGGAGUCACUUGUCAAGACUGGGGUGCCUAGCAGAGCAGAAAUUACAGAUGCAGCCAAUGGAAGGAGGGCAAGCUGUGUGAUGUUGAACAAAGGGAAGCAUGUCGUGAAAGCUGUGUCUACUCUUGAUACCAUUGUUAAUAGCCAAUACACAAGGGCAAAAGCGGAGCUGAAGCCUCUCAUGUUAUCCUCCCCAGUAAACUAGGUGAUGGAAGUUUAUUGAAUAUGUUCAAGUUAGUUUCCUUAAUGAGCAUCCGAUUGUAUCUGUACAGCGAGUGUCUGCGGAUGCUUAUUGCUCAAUAUAUUAUAGCACUUGUUUCAACGGCCUCUAUACCUUUAAAAC